GCCAAUAGCGGAUGCACCCUGUUACAGAAACGCUCGACCAUUUGCGCAUGCGCGUGUCUAUCAAAACAUCGGAUGAAGAUUACCGCAUGGGGAUAUUUCAGUGAAACAAUGAUUUAUCAAGUGAGAAAUAUAUUCAUUUAUAGCUGAAAAAGCAUAUUUUUUGCACGUUAUUUUUAGAUCUUUGAAUUUAUACCCAACAGUUACACAGUUAUGUAAUGUGAAGGUAACAAUAGCUAGCAUACUAGCUUCCAGCUAACAGAUUGUGGGGUAUUUAAUAUUCCUAUCUGUCGAAUUUUGACGCUGUUCGUGGCAUUAACUCAGGUUAAAUACCGGAUUGUGGUUUAUAAAGGUGUCCUCUGUGUUUCAGGCGUGCAGUGUCUUCGGUUUCCCCUCAGUGUGACAGCUUCUUGAGUGUUCAGUGGGUGGACAGUGGAACCAUGUCAGCCUCAGACGGGACACCGGACUGUCCUCAGGACAUGGAGGGGAUCUGUGUGAUGCCAGAUUUAAGCACCAUCAAAACCGAGCCGUCGGUGGGUGGAAGUCCAGAAGACACAAACACCCAAAAUGUGGCCAUGGGCAUCAAAUUCAUCCUUCCAAACCGCUUUGACAUGAACGUUUGCUCGAGAUUUGUCAAGUCUUUGAAUGAAGAGGACAGCAAGAACAUCCAGGACCAGGUCAACUCGGACCUGGAGGUGGCCUCUGUCUUAUUCAAAGGUAAACAGACCCCUUUUAAAAGAAAAAAUAGCUUUACAUUUAAAGGGAUAUUCCGGCGUAAAACUAAUUUAGGGUCAAAGUCACAGUAGCACCGAGUUAGACACCUCCUGGAGAGAUGAAUGUUGAUGACCGCUUACAUCUCUAGUUAUACAAACUUUAGUAACGACCGCACGAUAGCAAUACAGAGAGCCAUGCGCUCAACUAAAAAGCCACUCUCUAGCAACAAAUAAUACUCAGAACAGCACCUAACUUCGUCAACAAUAUAUAUAGGGUCCCAGCCAUAGUACUAGUCACCAAACAUCUUAUUAGCUUUGCCUGAUUUCUUCAGCAAAGAGAGUAAACACAACUCACCUUCUCUCUUCCAGCAGCCGCUUAUUUGUACGGAGACCUUAGGCGAGUCCAUUACGGACUGCUGCGGGGUGACACAGCUCAAGGAAGAACAUUUAUGAUCAUUAUUUUAUCAUUUCCUUGAAGUAAUAAUCACCAUAUUAAUCAUUUUGCACUGCAGACGCGGUAGUUCUUCUGCCCUUAGCGUCUCGGUCUGAUUGCAUUUCCGUGAAGAAAUGAUCAUAAAUGUUCUUCCUUGAGCUGCGUCCCCCCGCAGCAGUCCAAAUAAGCGGCUGCUGGAAGAGAGUAGGUGAGUUGUGUCUAGUCUCUAAAAGUUGGUAUAACUAGAGAAGCAAGCGGUCGGCAACAUUCAUCUCUCGAGGAGGUGUCUAACUCAGUGUUACGUUGUGUUUGUAAAUUAAUUUUACGCCAGAAUGUCCCUUUAAGUAAGGACUGAUGUUGUCUCACUUCUUCUGCAGCUGAAUGCAAUAUCCAGACCUCCCCCUCCCCUGGUAUUCAAGUUCGCCAUGUUUACACCCCCUCCACCACCAAGCACUUCUCCCCCAUCAAACAGUCCACCACACUCACCAACAAACACCGAGGCAACGAGGUUUCCUCCACACCUCUGCUGGUACAUUGUAAGUAUUAAUGUAGUUUUUCAUCACUGUUUCUGAAUAAAAAAUAAAGCAACAAAAUGAAAUAAUACACACAUGGGUGUUUUUCUUUCAGCUCUGUCCAUCCAUCAGCUUGCAGCCCAGGGGGAAAUGGUGUUUCUUGCCAGCAGGAUUGAACAAGGUAGGAACAGCAUCAUUGUUAUGUUGAUAUUCAUAGAGCUUUCUGUUUGUGCUGAUCAGGGUUUGUAAUGUUUUGUAGAGACGGUGAUCAAUCUCCAAGAUGAAGAAGGCUUCACUCCUCUGAUGUGGGCAGCUGCUCAUGGACAGAUCGCUGUUGUUGAGUUUCUGCUUCAGAAUGUACGCGAACAAGAAUUCAGAUCUCAUUUUCACAUCAGAGCGUAAUCUCUCUGUUCAGUAAGAAGUCAUAUCAUCUCUUUUAUUUCAUUCUGUGCUGUAGGGUGCAGACCCUAACCUCCUGGCUAAAGGGAGAGAAAGUGCGCUGUCGUUGGCCUGCAGUAAGGGAUACACAGAUAUUGUGAAGAUGCUCAUCGACUGUGGAGUUGAUGUCAAUGAAUAUGAUUGGGUAAGGGUGCUUUGUUUUGAUUACAUCUUAAAAAUCGGGAGCUGUUUGUCUGCUUGGUCCCUGAUGAUUUCUUAUUUUAUGUGUUUCAGAACGGAGGAGCUCCUCUGCUGUACGCUGUCCACGGGAAUCACGUGCGCUGUGUUGAAAUCUUGUUAGGUGAGAGUAAUUUUUGAUUGUUUUAUCCUGUUUUUAGGAACUCUAAUGAGGUAUAUAACACACAAACUCAAACAAUAACAAAGCUUGGUGUGUUUGUCUUAUAGAGAGCGGUGCUGAUCCCACCAUUGAGUCCGACUCUGGGUUCAAUGCCAUGGACAUGGCUGUGGCUAUGGGUCACAGGAAUGGUAAGAUUAAGUUUGACGGGGAACUAUCACCAGAUGUGUAUGAUCAGUCUGUGCUUACCAGGGCUCGACAGUGCAACCAUUUCACUCACAUUUGUGACGAAAAAUAGAUGUGUGCAAAUUGUAAAAUGUAUUUAGGGGCACAUAUGCGCAUAAAAAAAUCAGCCGAGGCAAAAUAUGUUUUUUCAUGUAAAUACCGCGGUGAAGUUAGUUUUAGGUUGGAUAUUCCGGUGUUUUCUCACUCUCCAUUACCAGGAAUAGCAACAGUAGCACGGUUAAAUCGACUCAGCACCCUCGCUGUCAAAGUCGGGUGUUGAAUAAGGGACCAUCAAUAAAUUACCGGUUGAUGUUCUCCUGUUUUCCUUUAAUGGCUUCCAUGUCAUGUGACCAAUUGGCCUAAAAUUGAUUUUAAAUAAUAGUACCCAGGUUGACCAAUAAGACACACCUCUAUAUUUCCCUAAUGUGUGCUCUAAAAUUUUUUUUGUUAAAUUUAAAGACAAAUUUUGAAAAUUUUCUUCAAUAGUUUCCAUGUCAUGUGACCAAAAGACCUAAAAUUGAUUUCAAAUGAUAGUACUUAUGUCGACCAAUAAGACAAACAUUAUUUGAUCAAUUUUCAUUGUGCCCAUAAAGUUCUUUGUGUGCUCCUUAUUUUUUCAACUUAGGAGCACAUGUGCUCUUUGUGAAAAAAGUUAGUGUCAAGCCCUGCUUACAUACUACUAUUUUUAAAGCUGGAUAUUUGAGCCCCUGCUAUGCCCUAUCUGUAAUGUAUAAGACAUGGCUGUGCAUUGAUUGGGCGAAGUUAUUCCACCUCUAAACGCCCCUCAGAGAUAGUAACAGAAACGUAAGUCUUUAAUUCGGCCCUGAUUCUCCAUUGUAAUAAUUACACCAGUCAAAAUAGCUGUAAUAUGGUUGAUUUCUUUAUAUUGUGGAGCUCUAUGUGAGAGGAGAUAUUUGAGUCACUUGUUCACUUUGAAUUGACUCACAGCUCGGAUGACACUGCUGUCUGUCUGCGUGUUCAGUCCAACAGGUGAUGGAGGCUCAUUUACUGAAGUUGCUGAUGGGAAUCCGAGAAUAAACCGUGACGCCGAAGAAGAAAACAGCCACACAGAGAGACGCCGAGCUGGGGACAAUCAUGUAGCACGCUCAGGCUGUCUGCCAGCAGGAACAUUGAGGUCCAUGAGUAACACAUCUGAAGCUUCGCAUCACAUCAACGUCAGUUUGUUUGGAUGAUGUUUGUGACGUUUUCAGUUUUAAUCCUUCUUCAUACUGUUUUAAUCUUUUACCAAAUGCAGAGUAGAAAGUCUGCACCGCUCAAAAAGAGCCAUGCAGCACAAAUACAGAUGUGCUUAAUUUAAGCAUGAAGUAUUUAAGUUUGAAGUCUUUUGUUUUUCACAUUUAAACACCAUCAUCAGCUGUUUCAGUGUUUUACCGUCACGGCAAGUGCUUUUAAAUCUAACUCAUGAACGAAGAGAAAAGACUGUUUUUAAUUGUAUUCAACAAAUUGCCUCAUAGUCAGCCUGUGUGUGUAAAAUACUGACGAGCUGUUUAAGUUUGUUCUGCUGCGUUUAUUUAUUUAUUUGAAUGAUUUAGACAUUAUGUUGUGAUGUGACAUUCUCUGUAUUGUGAUCGUGUUUUUAAAUGUGUUGUGGAUUCGUAACGACCUCACACCUCUUUUUAAAUAUGUCUGUUUAAGGCUGAUUGUGUUUUCUACCAUAGUUCAUACAGUAAGUGGUGUAUCAAGAAUAACCUGUUGACCUCAGUGUCAGUCAUCGUUCUGUACAGAUAUUUAUCUGAUUUUACAGCAGAAAGGUCAAACUGUUGUUUAUAGCCAAUGAAUUGAAUCUGUUAUUUAAUUAAAAGAUGUUUUAAAGCUGCG